AUGGAUAUAACAAAGAAGUAUGCGAGUAUCUUCGACUCCGAUAGUGAUGAUGACUCACUGUUUCUUGAUCCACGAAAAUCGUUACUGAGCUCCGGCGCUAGCUCGGGCGCUAAAUCGUUAUUCAGUUCCGUCGCUGAAAAUGAUGAGGAAUCAAUGAAGAAGGGCCAGAUUCCGAAGAAGCUCGAUACUUCGGCCUUCUCGAAAGUGCUUGCUGAUAAGCUGACAAAAGGACCAGUGCUGGUUUACGUUGCUUGA